GCUUGUGGAAGAAAAUGGCGGCCGUCAGAGGGUUGUGUCUAACCGCUGCGGCUCUGAGAGCAGUCACUCCCUGGCUCCUCGCGGCCUCCCGCGGACCUCGGGCGCUUCGGGAACUGUCGUCCUCCAGCCCCGAAGCUGGCGAAGGGCAGAUCCACCUCACCGACAGCUGCGUCCAGAGGCUUCUGGAAAUCACCGAAGGGUCAGAAUUCCUCAGGCUGGAGGUGGAGGGAGGUGGAUGCUCCGGAUUCCAAUACAAAUUUUCACUGGAUACAGUUAUCAACCCCGACGACAGGGUAUUUGAACAGGGUGGGGCAAGAGUGGUGGUUGACUCUGAUAGCUUGGCCUUCGUGAAAGGGGCCCAUGUGGACUUCAGCCAAGAACUGAUCCGAAGCUCAUUUCAAGUGUUGAACAAUCCUCAAGCACAGCAAGGCUGCUCCUGUGGGUCAUCCUUCUCUGUCAAACUUUGAUGUGAUGACAGGUGACCCAGAGAUUACUAUCAUCGCUACGGAUUUGAGGAACCUGGGAUUAGAAGAAUUCUAGAGGUUUCCUUCCAAUCAUGUCCCUCUCACAGUUUGAUUUCCCUCAAUCCAGGAAUGCUGUGUUUCACCACUAUUUAUUUUCAGAAUGUGAAGCUUUUACUCUUGAGUUAAUUUCUCCCACACAGUUGUAAGGCCAAGCCUGUAGAUGCUAAGACUUAGCAUAUUACCUAAGAUUUAGUAACUUGUUGAAACCAGUAUCAUCUGUAGAGCCUCCAAGGUUCCAGAAUUUGGAAUUCUCUGGCCUUCAGAGCUACUUGUACAUAUGUGUAUAGCUAUGUACAAAAGCUUCAUUUUAAAGAAAGUCCUUAAUUACUUGUGUUGUGGAUCAGGGUCACAGAUUGGGUAGGUUGAACACUGGUUACUAGGCCAGAGAGGAUGAAAAAGGCAAAUGAAAUGUUAUCUUUUUCACCUCAUCCUUCCUGAAUGUGCUAGUUGACUUACCCUUAUUUUCUCUGCAGCCCAUUCUCUGCUACCCAUUUGUUACAGCAGAUACAUUUUCCUCUCAUAUUCAUGAAUCUGCUAGAUUCACAAAACCAAUCGCCCAUCACCCAGAAAACUUGGACCUAAACCUCACUGAUACUUGAAUUGUUUGACAAAUAGCCUCCAUACUCCAUAUUCACACAGACAUUUUAAGCUUCUUUGAUCAUUUAGUGACUGACUCUUUUUAGAAUAUGUUGCUUCGCUUACCUUGUCGUGUAAAAUGUUUCUGGUCUCAUUGCAUAGCAGGAAUUGGUCCCUUUCUUGGCAUAGAUAAUAGAUACUUGGGGAUUUUUUUUUUUUUUUUUUUUUUUUUUUUUAGUUUGGACUACCAGAUAAAAUGCAGGAUGCCCAUUUAAAUAUGAAUUUCAGAUAAAUAGCAAAUAAUUUUUAGUAUAAGUGUGUCUAAAUACUAGAAAUUAUUUGUUGUUUAUCUGAGAUUCAAAUUUAACUGGGUAUCCUGUAUAUUUAUUUGUUAAACUUGGUAAUCUUAACUUUAGAGUCACUGAAAGAAGAGCUUUUUAGCCACAAAUUCCAAUGAAUUUUAAAAUACUUGUUUGGUAUAGCACUUAAAUAGGCUAAAGAGCUAGAAAUAAUCGUGGUUUGUGUGUGACGGAGCUGGGGCAGCCAGAACUGCAUGGACAGACAACUAAAACAAGAUAAAAACACCACCACCACCAUGACAAAUGAUUAAUGAAUGCUAAUGCUGGGGAAACCACAACCAAGUUGAUUCUGUCAGGAUUAUUGGUUAAACCCAUCUUUUCCUCGAGAGCCUAAAAGCUCAUGUCAGCAAAUCUUGUAUUUCUGGACUGGACUGAAACUUUUAUAGACUGGAUUGGAAUUAAGGUCAUUCAAUAAAGAAUUUACCAUUAGAAAAAUAGAAAUACAGAAUUUAGAGACAAAAUAUCUGAGACAGAAACUUCAUACUUACAUUUUCAAUAUGGGAAAACCUAGGACUUAGAGAAGACAAACCUAUCGUGUGUGCAGCGUGUACAAAGAUGAAAGAAGGGGACACUCAGAAACCUAAGCAGUUUUUUUUUUUAGCAGAUAUGCAUGGAAGGGGGCAGAAAGCAGCAUACUGUGGAAGUGUCUGUGUGUAACUCUGCUAAGCCAUUGAAAGUUGCUGCCAAUACCUGGGCCUAAUAAGAUUUUCAGCUCAGACUAAGUCAUUUCAUCCUCCUUAGAAGGAGAUUUUGUUAAUUUUAGGUGUUAAACCUCUUCUUCCAUGAUAUUUUUGUGGGUUAUUUAUAUGGUGGUCUUAGCACAGGCAUAAUAGCUUUAGUUGUUCAAUAAAAAAUUAAAUUCCAGUGGUCAGUUAGGCAGGAACAGGGUCUCUUUGAUUGACCAUGUGUAAAUACCUCCUAUUAACGGAAGAAUUGGAAUUUUGUGUUUCCAAAGGGUGGGUUAGGGAGGAAUCACCUUAUCACACUGGAAAAGCUUCAUAGGGAAACCUGAGGUGGUGACAAGAGGUCCCCAUUGGAGGAGGGCAAUGUAGAAAUUUUAAGAACACAGGGCAGGGGGAGUUGAUAGCAUCAAGGGGACAGGGCAGUUGGCUUGGAAUAAUAGUAAGUGGUGGUAAAAUAGGUUUAAGAUCUUCUGCAGGCUCUUCUGACCAGAUGCCCUCUUCCUGGCAGGCCGUAAAAGCCAGCAGACGUUUUCACAAAUUUUCCUCACUGUGCAGUUCAUUUAGGAAAAUGUUAUACUCUUCCAGUAUCAGCUGGAAGAUUUUUUUUGCCUCCCUAUUACUUUGAGGGGAGGUUAUCAAGACGCUAUUUAUUGCAGAAUUGGUUUUAUUUAACUUCAUAAGCUAGUGACUGCCUGGGGCAACAUGCCCCACCAUUGCCAUAGCCAAACAUAAUUGUGUACGAACUGAAGGCACAGGAGCCCUCCCUCUGCUUUAUGUGUGAAUCUUUAUGUUGUCGGCUCAAAAAGAGGGGGCUUCUUGGUCAACAUCCAGAUCUUUCCUUGUUGCGGAAUCAUACUCUUCAGUUACAUGAUUGAUAGUGACCAGUGGUAUAUAAACUAUAGGUGUCCCACCCACCCUUAGUUUCUUUGGGAAUGUUGACCAGUUACAAGGGAUUCAGAAGUAAGAGAUUAGGAAGGACUACUAAGGUAGGUGUCCAAGAAGAUACUCUUCUUUCUCUAACUUUUCUUCUGAGAAUUGCGCCCCAUUCUUUUGGUCUUUUGUCAUAAAGCAUGAGCGGAGGGUCAACAUUUGGCAGGAGCAUCCUAUACAGAGAAGUGGGCAGCACUGACUGUCAUGGGGUAGCCCUCCCAUGAACUCUGGCCCUGAACUGACACCCUGCAGUGGGCAGAGCCUAACACUGUCCCUUGCAACAUUAUCAUGGCCUUGCAUGUUUGUCUCAAAAGCAGGAAACUCCUCUACUUUUCUAGAUAUCUUGCAUUGAUGUCUAUGAUUGCUCUUUUAAAAUCCUUGUUUGCCAUUUCUCCACAGAAAUGCCGCAGGGCUGUUUAAAGGAAGUUUGCUUUAAGAAGUUUUGAAAUAAUUAGCAUCUGGCUUUAAUUGUAAAAUAUAGUCAGAUAAGUAUAUAAAGAGAGGGAGCAUUUAAGCAGUCUAUGUCCAGCAGCUGUAUUUAAAAAUAUUUUAUUUUUGAAUAGGUAAGACAUAUGGUACAAAAUUCAAAAAGACACAAAAGGGAAUACAGUGAAAAGUCUCCCAAUCCUGUGCCCAUCCACUCUGUUGCCCUCCCCAUCAACUACCCUUGUUUCUAAGAAUUUAGCCCACAGGUACAAUUCCGUAGAUAUAAUGUGAAAUAACAUAUGCACAAGAAUGUUCAUUACACCAUUAUUUUUAAUAGCAAAAGAUAGGAAACAAUGGAAAUAUCCAUUAAUAGGGGACUGAUUAAAUAAAUUAUGAUUUAUCCGUUCAAUGGAGAAGUAUACAGUUAUAAAAUAGAAUGAGACAGCCAUUUAUGUGCAAGUAUGUAUUAAGUAAAAAAAGUGCAGAACAGCAUGCACAGUGUGCCAUUUGUGUUUCUAAUACAAGGAAGUAUGUGUAAUGCAUGAAAUAUCUUGGGAAGGGCGAACAGGAAGGUGAGGGGUGAGAGGAGGAGCAGUGGGGACAGCAUUUAAGAAAGUGCAGUGUCCGAAGGCUAUAUUGAGGAAUGGUGAGUUCUCUGAAAUAUGGCGUGUGAGGUGGAGUGGCAAGGAUGAGGUUAGCAGAUAUCCAAUUCUUUUCCCCCUCUGUUUUAGACAAAUAGCAAUAGCAGCGUAGGCUUCCCUUUGUUGUAUAACCUUCCUUUUUCCCUUAAUCUAUUUUGGAAAUCUUACCCAGGCAUUUAGAGACACUUUUUUUUUUCUUAUUAGGGCUCCAUAGCAAUUAAUUGCUUUUAACCUUUUGCUAUUACAAAUAAUGCUAUAAUAAAUAACCUCUUACAUAUGUCAGUUUACAUUUGGUGAGAAUAUAUCUGAAGGUUAAAUUCCGAGAAGUGGAACUACUGAUUUGAAGAGUAAGUGCUUUUAUAAUUUUGAAAGACAUUGCCGUAUUAUCCUCUUCAGAAGUUUUGUCAAUAUAUACUCUUGUCAGCUAUGUACGUGAGUACCUCUUUCCCCAGGUGCUUGCCAACUAGGAGUUUUAACAAACUUAAAUCUUUGCCAAUCUGACAGUUUAAAAAAGUGUCUCAGUGUAGUUUUAACUUGUAUUUCUUUUUAUUAUGAAUGAAGGUCAGAAUAUUUUCAUAUGUUUAAGAACUAUAUAUUUUUGUCUGCUGAGAACAUUCUCAACUAGUAUAGUGACCUAGAACAAAUUAUUUAAGCUUUGUAAGUCCAAGUUCCUCAUCUGUAAAUUGGGAGUAAAAAUAGUAAGUAGGAUUGUUGGAUGAUUAAAUGAAAUUUGUGUACAGCAUUCAACACAGGCCUGGCACAUAGCAAGCAUUCAAUAAGUUAUUUUGUGAUGGCUGACAGAGCAGCAGGUAGGACAGGACAGAUUAAGAAAAGAGCAUUCAUCUCCGUGUCUUCAGGCGCACAGAGCCUUGUUCAUUUACAUUGCCAUUCAUCAGAGAAAUGCAAAGUCAGAGCUUUCUUUGUCUUGGAAGAGGAAAGAACCUUUUCCUAUUGGAUAUUGGAACCCAAUCAUAGGCUGUCGGCAGAGCUGGCGAGGGGGUAGCACAGCCUCAUCUCUAACAUUUAGACUCAGCCAAGAAAUUUGGUUUAUAAAUUUGGUUUAAUAUGAAAUAAAAACAAAAACAGAAGA